AAUAUACAUGUGACCUAAUUGACUUCACCCACUAUCUCUGUGAAGGCGAUUUUGUAUUAUCUGUUGGGUUGAAUGUAAUAGUAAUCUAAUAAGCUCGAAUACAUAAAAACACAAUGGCAGAAUGGGUCGAGGAACGAGAUGAGGAUGGAAACGUUUUGAAAACAAAGAAGUACGAUGGGAAAUACUACGUUAGCCAUUUCAUCGGAAAUGUUAAAGAUCAUCUGGAUGCUAUAGACGAUAUGGCUGUCAGGGAGGAUGAUACGUUCGUAAUUUCUUACCCUAAGUCAGGAACACAUUGGAUGUUUACCUUAGCCAAAAUGUUACGUACCGGAGAUACCUCAUACCACGGUUCGCCGACGUUUCUGGAUUUCAAUGAAAUGGAGAAACUGAACAAUAUGCCAUCCCCCCGAAUAUUUGCAACUCACAUGAUCUUUGACCGCCUGCCUCGACAAGCCAGGGAAGGGAAGGGAAAGAUCCUGGUUAUAUUUAGGAACCCAAAGGAUGUAGUUGCAUCCCUCCAUGAGUUUAUCAAAAAACUUGAUCAUUCUGACGUCAUCGCAAGUUGGCCUGGGCUCCUGAAAUUCUACAUGGAAGGGAAAAUGACCUACGGUUCCUGGUUUGACCAUAUACAGGCUUGGGACAAAACGAAGAAGGAAUACAAGGGAGACAACAUCAUGUAUCUCAUCUACGAAGACAUGAAAAAGGAUCUUCGAUCGCACGUGGGAGAGAUAGCGCCGUUCCUUGGAGCCAAUACAGAAACAGAUUUUCUGGACAAGGUGACGGAUAAGUGUACAUUCCGAAAUAUGGUUUCAGAAGCCACGAAGACGUUCACACCAGAUGAUCAGUGGAAGGAGGUUACAUCCACCAAGACACUCCCUAUAUACAGGAAAGGAGAAAUAGGCGACUGGAAAAAUCACUUCACGGUUGCGCAAAAUGAAUAUUUUAACAAAGUAUAUGAGGAGAAGAUGGCAAAUAACAGUUUUCAUUUCCGAUUUGAAUAGACUUCAGCGGUGUGUUAUCAAUACUUCAUAAAACGGUGCAAUAUGGAACAAAAUGUAUAAGGUCGCCAAGAAAUAUGUUCAUAAGCAGUUAACAUUGUUAUGUGAACUAAUUAACUUUGUUACCUUGCAUAAUUAGAUGUUUUGUUCUGACCAAAUCAGUUGUGAUUGUAUAUUCUCAAUUGUGACAUUUUGAUACUUAAUUGAGACAUUUCAUACUUAUUUCGUUAAUAUUUGUUGAGAUAAAUUCAACAAUGUUUGAAUAGAAAACAAUAAUUAAGGAUAAUAAAACCUACAUUGAAUACAAGUCGAGUGAAUGUUUAACGUUGGUGGAUCAAUAUGAAAUCAAUAUUAAAAUCAAAUAACAUGUA